UCGCCGCCCCCUCCCUCCCCCCCGCUGGAAGCCGCCGCUAUGAGGAUUUUUGUCUCCCUCACUAAGAUUUGGAGAAAUAUUGGGUUAAGUGCUUCUGCUAAGAAAUUGACAACUGGGCAGCACCUUCAAAGCUUAACUGGGCAGUCUAGCUACUUGUCCAUAUUGUGCAUUUCCAGCGAUCAUAUCACUGAACUGAUUACAAUGCCAGCACAUAAACCUGAAGAGGACACGGACCUUUACGCAGCGCCAGCUACAGUACGUGGCAUGACUCAACUGAACAAGAAUUCAUUUAGGAAAAAAUUGACUCUUCCAGCGCUCAAGGUGAAAACAGAUGAAAUAAACAAAGUCAUGAAGUCUCUUAAAAAUGUAGCCUUAAAGAGACCUGGGUUAAAGCGUGUAGUUGACCUUGGAGAUGAAGCCUAUAAGCUUAUUUUAUUGGACCCAUUCAAAAUAUCAAGCUCAGAUUCUUUUGAUGCUUCACAGAAGAUGAUUUUAAAGAAUUACAAUAUUGACGCUCAGAUCCAUAGAUACGACUUAACAAUGACAUAUGAAAAUUUCAAGUCCGAAGAAAUUCUAAAGGCAGUUUUACCUGAAGGGCAGGAUGUAACCUCUGGAUUUAGCAGAGUUGGGCAUAUAGUUCAUAUGAAUCUUCGAGACCAUCAACUUCCGUACAAGUAUCUGAUUGGACAGGUGAUAAUGGAUAAGAAUCCUGGAAUAACAUCCGUGGUUAAUAAAACCAGUAUGAUUGACAAUGCUUACCGUAACUUUCAGAUGGAAGUACUAGCUGGGGAAGACAAUAUGAUAGCAAAGGUCAAAGAAAAUAACAUUACCUAUGAAUUUGAUUUUUCUAAAGUCUAUUGGAAUCCCAGGCUGGGUACAGAACACGACCGAAUAGUUAAUCUCCUAAAACCUGGAGACGUGGUGUAUGAUGUGUUUGCUGGAGUUGGACCUUUUGCUAUUCCAGCAGCAAAGAAAAAAUGCAAAGUCAUUGCCAAUGAUCUGAACCCAGACUCUUACAAGUGGCUGGUGCACAACUGCAAGGUGAACAAAAUCGACAAAAAUGUAGAGAUUUUCAACCUGGAUGGUAGGGAAUUUAUCUUGGGACCACUUAAAGAUAAUUUGGUGAAACAGUAUGAAGUGCUUUCAUCCAAGGACACAACCUCCAUUCAUGUUAUUAUGAACUUGCCCGGUAUGGCUGUCGAGUUCUUGGAUGCUUUCAGACGACUGCUGAAGGACCAAAACCCAGUGAACAUCUUACCCACGGUCCAUUGCUAUAGUUUUUCCAAGUCUGACAAACCUGCCUUGGACAUUCAGCAAAGAGCAGAGAAUUUCUUAGGAGCUUCGUUAGAGGGUCACUGCUCCAUUCAUCUGGUUCGGAAUGUAUCCCCAAAUAAGGAAAUGAUGUGUAUAAGUUUUAAGAUUCCUGCUGAGGUGCUGUACAAUGAUUGUCCAGCAAUGGAAGACAGUGCUGAAGAACCAGCUCCAAAGCGUCUACGGCUAGAUGAGAUUAGUGCCUCCACAGGACCACAGUGACUUGUGAUAAAUGAGCAGUGUCAUUUUUAGCCGCUAAGAAACAAAAUACACUGCAAUUUAAUUACCAGCCAGUAAAACGAAUCUCGGAAUGUUUGCAUCAUUUCCUGGAAUCCAUUCUCCUGGUCAUGAUUUGCUUCUAUAAACAGCCAGUGAUUUGUUAUAAUGGGUAAUGAAACCCUCUCAAGGGCUCACUUUUCUUGCUCACUAGGAUAGUUUUUCCACUGUGAAUAUUGAAUUCUAUCAUGUUAAUAAGUAACUAAUGGUAAAUCCUGACUCCAGCAACAUGCAUUACAAGGACAAAUAAAAAAUCUCAUUUUUAAAACAAAAA